UGUCAAGCGUCGACCCCAACAACUUCCGUGCGUCGUUUAUCACCUCGCCGCCCUGCUCACUUCAGUCAGGGCCUAGGCUCCUGAUAUUUUCCCGCCCCGGGCGCGUGAUGACUUGGCUGUUGUUGUGAUUACCCUGAUCCAUCGUGUCGCGCGUGCCUCGUCAAGAUGUACGUUAAACAGAUCAUCAUACAAGGCUUUAAAAGCUACAAAGACCAGACCGUGAUCGAGCCGUUCUCUCCGAAACACAAUGUUAUCGUUGGUCGCAAUGGUUCCGGAAAGAGUAACUUCUUCGCGGCCAUUCGCUUCGUUCUCAGCGAUGCCUACACCCACCUGGGUCGGGAGGAACGACAGGCCCUUCUUCACGAAGGUUCGGGGUCUGCUGUGAUGUCGGCCUACGUUGAGAUUAUAUUUGACAACUCGGACGAUCGGUUCCCUACUGGCAAGCCGGAAGUGGUCCUUCGCCGGACCAUUGGUUUGAAGAAGGAUGAAUACACCCUUGACCGCAAGAAUGCAACCAAGUCCGAUGUGAUGAACUUGCUCGAGUCCGCCGGUUUCUCGCGAUCGAACCCCUACUACAUUGUGCCGCAGGGUCGAGUGACGGCUUUGACCAACAUGAAGGACUCCGAGCGUUUGAACCUGUUGAAGGAGGUUGCGGGAACGCAGGUAUAUGAAGCGCGCCGCGCGGAGUCGUUGAAGAUCAUGCACGAAACGAACAACAAGCGAACCAAGAUUGACGAACUUUUGGACUUUAUCAACGAGCGUCUUGCCGAACUGGAAGAGGAGAAGGACGAGUUACGGAACUACCAGGAUAAGGACAAGGAGCGCCGAUGCUUGGAAUAUACAAUCUACUCUCGCGAGCAACAAGAGAUUUCCAGUUUCCUGGACAGUCUUGAGGAACAGAGGCAGACGGGUGUUGAGGAUACAGAUCUCAACCGUGAUCGUUUCAUCCAAGGAGAGAAGGAAAUGGCCCAGAUCGAUGCCGAGAUUGCGGAAUGCAAGCAGCAGAUUGAGUUUUUGAAGGUCGAUAAAGCCCAGCUGGAGGAUGAACGCCGUGAAGCCUCCAAGACCCUUGCGCAGGUUGAACUGCAAGCCAAGUCGCUCUCGGACAAUCAAGUCGCCGCUCAAGCCUCAAAAUGGCGCCGUGAUGAAGAUCUGAAGGCGGUCCAGAGUGCGAUUCAAGAACGCGAAACGGAACUGCAGGAACUUAUGCCUCAGUUCAAUGCCGCCAAAGGACAGGAAGAUGCAGUCAAGACGCAGCUCACGGAAGCAGAGACUGCACGCCAACGGCUAUAUGCCAAGCAGGGUCGGAACUCUCGUUUUAGAAACAAGAGCGAGCGCGACAAGUGGCUGCAAGCAGAGAUUAGGGACAACUACGCCUCUAUCUCUAAUGUACAGGGUGUGAUGGCACAGACCCAAGAGGACAUCAAGGACAUCGAAAACGAGAUUGCCCUUUUGGAGCCGGAGACCGAACGCUUGCGCAAGCAGAUCGAUGGCAGAGGCGACACCAUUCACUCUGUCGAGCAGCAAGUCCAGGCUGCAAAGGAUGAAAGAGACCGGUUGAUGGACCAGAGGAAGGAGCUCUGGAGGGAAGAAGCGAAGCUGGAUUCGAUCCUGUCGAAUGCUUCCAAUGAAGUGGAGCGUGCUGAGCGCAAUCUGUCUCAGAUGAUGGACCACAACACGAGCCGGGGCAUUGCAGCCGUCCGGAGAAUCAAGCGCCAGCACAACCUGGAAGGUGUAUAUGGUACGCUCGCUGAACUAUUUGAAGUCAGCGACAGGUACCGGACAUCCGUCGAAGUCACAGCGGGUCAAAGUCUGUUCCACUAUGUGGUCGACACGGACGAGACCGCUACCAAGGUGCUUGAGAUCCUCCAGCACGAGAAGGCGGGCAGAGUCACUUUCAUGCCUUUGAACAGACUGCGAUCCAAGCCGAUCAACAUGCCUCGAGCGAGUGAUACGAUUCCCAUGAUUGAGAAGCUUCAGUAUGACGGCAAGUACGAGAAGGCAUUCAACCACGUGUUUGGCAAAACCAUCAUCUGUCCGAACCUGCAGGUCGCUUCGCAGUACGCCCGGAGCCAUGGAGUGAAUGCGAUUACCCCGGAGGGCGAUCGGUCGGACAAGAGAGGUGCCCUUACUGGUGGUUUCCACGAUUCGCGACAGUCACGUCUCGACGCGGUGAAGAACCUGACGAGAUGGAGGGAUGAGUAUGAAUCUAAGAAGAACCGUGGAAUUGACAUCAGAAAGGAGCUCGAAAAGCUGGACCAGCUCAUCACGAGAUCCGUUGGCGAGCUGCAAAAGUUGGAGCAACAAAGACACCAGGUGCAAAACAGCAGUGGGCCUAUGCGACAAGAGCUGAGGGCCAAGCGCGAUCUUCUUCAGAAGAAGAACGACGAUCUCGAAGCCAAGCGGCGAGCGAUUCGCAACAUUGAGAGCAACCUGGCAGCGUUGACCGAUCAAGUCAGCGCCUUUGAGGGGGAACUGUCCUCGACAUUCCAGAAAGCGUUGAGCAACGAGGAAGAGGCACGCUUAGAGACUCUUAACAACACUGCCCAAGAUCUCCGGCGACAGUACCAGGAGCUUUCCAGCCAACGCAGUGAGCUGGAAGCGAGGAAGUCCGUCCUUGAGGUGGAAUUGCGGGAGAACUUGAACCCGCGCCUUGACCAACUUGUCAGUCAGGACAUUGACAUGGCAGACGACGACAAAGUAGGCAACCUAAAGGAGACACAGCGGGAGAUGAAGCGCCUCCACAAGGCGCUGGAGAAACUGGGUCAGCGUCUCCAGCAGGUCGAUGACUCCAUCGAGCAAGCCAAUGGCCGUGUGGGCGACCUCCAGCAGAGGAACGCGGAGACCCGACGAGAGCUGGAAGAACUGGCCAAGUCGAUUGAGAAGCACCAGCGGCGCAUGGAAAAGAGCAUGCAGAAGAAGGCUGCGUUGACAAAGCAAGCCGCCGAAUGUGCAGCCAAUAUCCGUGACCUGGGAGUCCUCCCAGACGAGGCUUUCACGAAGUACAAGAACACCGACUCGAACGCUGUUGUCAAGAAGCUCCACAAAGUCAACGAGGGUCUCAAAAAGUACUCUCAUGUCAACAAGAAGGCCUUUGAACAGUACAACAGUUUCACCAAGCAGCGAGAGACCCUGACGAGCCGAAGGGAAGAACUUGAGGCUUCGGAGAAAUCCAUCGAGGAUCUUAUCAAUGUGCUUGAUCAGCGCAAGGAUGAGGCAAUUGAGCGAACCUUCAAGCAGGUCUCCCGCGAGUUUGCCAACGUCUUCGAGAAGCUCGUCCCCGCUGGCCGUGGACGCCUGAUCAUCCAGCGUAAGACGGACCGUGCCCUUCGACAGGGAGACGAGCUUGAGUCCGAGGACGAAGAGACCCGCGAAAGCGUUGAGAACUACGUUGGAGUUGGAAUCAGCGUCAGCUUCAACAGCAAACACGAUGAACAGCAACGCAUCCAGCAGCUCAGUGGAGGGCAAAAGAGUCUUUGCGCCCUUGCCUUGGUGUUUGCCAUCCAAGCGUGCGAUCCCGCGCCAUUCUACCUGUUCGACGAGAUCGAUGCCAACCUGGACGCCCAAUACCGAACCGCGGUUGCGCAGAUGCUCAAGUCGAUCUCCGACUCGACCAACGGCCAGUUCAUCUGCACGACCUUCCGGCCGGAGAUGUUGCAUGUGGCGGAGAAGUGCUACGGAGUCAGUUUCCGCCAGAAAGCCAGUACGAUCGACGUGGUGUCGCGCGAAGAGGCAUUGAAGUUUGUGGAAGAGCAGAAGUCAUGAGACUUGCUUGUUACCUGAGUAAUGAACGGGAUGGGGAGCAGGCGUAUUUAAGGGCCUUUGUGUUGUUAUGAUUCUUUUUUUUUUUUUGUACCCUAAGAUCGUUGAUUCGAGAUUCCCAUCUUAUGUCUUGUGUUUUAUGGACGUUAUCUGAUCCUGAUCACUGUAAUGCCUCUACUCUCACCCCCCUCCCCUCAACCCCAAUAAAUCUAAAUAAUAUUAAUGCCUCGGCACGUCCUCCCCCGUCCACUCCACCAA